GUGGUCUUCGUCUUUUGUUCUUAACUUCUAACCUCCAAAGACAUACCCUCAAAGUGCUCUUCCCCAUAACCGAGUUACAGAUGACCAUGACGCUUCCCGAGGACUUUCACCCAGCUUCGGUGAUCGCUUCCUGUGCAAAUCCGUUACCGGAGAAUAUCGUCAGCCAGUAUGGAAAGCGAAUUAUAAAAAUAUCCGACACUCAGGUAGUCAAACGGGGCCCUAACGUCACAAAGGAAGAAGCAGAGAACCAAAGAAUAGCAUACGAUCUUGUGGACCAGAACAUCGUCCGUAUUCCACGUGUGCACGGUUUCUUCUACGAUGAACAGGGCUGGGGCUACAUCGUCAUGGAAUUUAUAGACGGGAAGAUUAUCGAUCCACUGGCGGACAAGUCCGCCAUCGAAAAGGUCGUGACUGUGCUUGAUCAUUUCUCAACGCUGCGGCACGGCACUCCUGGGCCUCUGGCUGGAGGGCCCUGUCGUGGGCUUCUGUUCCCCGAGACUGAAGACGUGGUCUUCGACAGUGUUGACGGGAUGGAGAGGUGGUUUAAUAGCCGGCUUUUCGCGCACAAUCCAACCUUGAAUUUGCAGGGCUUUGAGCUGGUGCUUUGCCAUUUAGACAUUGCACCUCGGAACAUCUUGUGGCUGGAGGACGGAUCUCUCUGUCUUGUUGACUGGGCUUCGGCGGGUUACUAUCCGCGGUUGUUUGAAUUCUGUGCGCAAUGGAUUAUUGAAGGAAAAGACGGCAACUUCAACUCUCUUUUGUUGAAAUCCAUGCAUCCUCUUCCGGAUCCGGAGAUAGCGCAGAAAGAUGCGCUUCUGUGGGCCUGGAGGAACAUUCAAAAGUAUGCGUUCCGAUCAAAAAGUCUCCCCCAACAUGAAGGGCCAAGGGAGUCGACUGGCUUCACCCCUGUACCUCCUCCUCCAAUGCCAGAAUAUCCACCAGACUGGGAUGAAUAGGUGCACACCCCACCCGCGUGAGGACAUGCUUUCCAUAAUGCGAAAUUGCUAGAACUCUGGAUCGUCGGGCUCUUCGUUACGACGUUCAUCCCUUUUUGUUUUCCUAUCUAGUAGCUAUUCGUACAGGCAUUGCACCGGAAACAGGAGGAGAAGAUGCUUUGCCCCCAAACGGGCGCGGCGACAGGGAAUCGAACCCACGCUCACCGCUACCCCCUUAUUGGCUUCGAGAUAGCAGGGUGUGCGCCCCUUGCUAUGGCACGUCAGGGGUGGCCCCGUUCCCAUCGGACAAUUGUCGUUGGUAUAUUAGCUUCGAAUACAUAGGGGCGUUGGCCCCUUCGUUUCCACAUACAGAAAGAAAAUACAGAGAUACCCUAC